AUGGCGGGGCAACAAAAGGAUCUAGAUUUUGUCAUUUUUGGUGCAACAGGCUUCACUGGUAAACUAGUAGUCGAAGAAUUCUAUCGAGCAGCACAACACUACCAAAAUUCCUCUCAAAACCCCAAUGCCCCAAAAUUCACGUGGGCUAUCGCUGGACGAUCGGAGACAAAAUUAUUCGAGAUGGCAAACAUUAUCAGUAUCACGACGUCCUCGAGUUCUGUACGACAACCGGAAAUGAUCAUUGCAGACAUCACGCGACCAGAAACUUUAAAUGUUAUGGCUAAACGUGCUAAAGUUUUGCUUGCAUGUGUGGGUCCAUUCAGGUUGUAUGGUGAGCCAGUAGUGAAAGCAUGUCUGGAGAAUCACACAGACUAUGUGGAUAUUACCGGGGAAACGGAAUUCAUUGAGCAGAUCCAGAUAAAGUAUCAUGAAUUGGCGAAAACGAGUAAUGUUACAAUUAUUCCCGCUUGUGGAUUUGAUUGUUUGCCAGCGGAUUAUGGUUUGUUGUAUACUAAACAGCAAUUGAAAGAACUUCGUGCUCUUCCUUCCUCGAUUGAAUUGUUUUAUAAAACUAAUGUGGGACCUUCUGGGUUUACCCUACAUUAUGCAACUUAUGAAUCAGCAAUCUUGGCAAUACAAAAUAUUGAUAAUAUACGUAAAUUACGAACAUCUGUGAAUCGACCACGCGUCCCAAAGAUCGGACCAGAACUUAAAAAAAUCCCAAAUGGCAGAUGGGAGAAACGCGUUGCUGGCUACGUGACGCCAUUCUUUUUUGCGGAUCCGGCAGUGAUUCGACUUAGUCAACAGCUCGAUAUCGAAAAUGAGAGUGAUGUGCCCCCUGUACAAUUUGCUGCAUAUUUGGUUAUUCCAAAGCUAAUGUAUUUAAUUGAGAUGUUGGUCUGUUAUAAGAUUUUAAGUUUUCUGGCACAUUAUUCAUGGGGCACUUUUUCACAUGAAGGACCAACAUUAGAACAAAUCCAACAAACAAAAUUUGAGAUAUCAUUUUACGCUCGGGGAUAUUCUCAAGAAUUAAUAGAUACCGUGAUAGAAGCAGAAACAUCAUCAACGGUGUUGAUGUCAGCUGAAACCACUCCAUUAAUCCAAGACAACCAAAAUUCUAGGCCCGUAUCAUCCUCAACAUUAUCUGCAAUGCGACUAAAUAAGAUUAAACCUGAUGUAGAGAUUAUCACUCAGGUGGCAGGCCCGGAACCGGCAUAUAGCACCACCACAAUAUCUAUCGUUCAGUGCGCUUUCACUUUAUCAUUAGAGAAGGCAAAAAUUCCUGCCGGCGUGUUAACCCCUAGCGUGGCUUUCGGGAAAACAGAAUUGUUGCAGCGAUUAAAGGAGAAUGGACUCAAUUUUCGUAUAGUCGGUCGAUGA